AUGCGUCUCCUGUUGAUUAUCUACACGUUCAGCUCAGCAGCCCUUGCCAGCACGUUCGAGAUUAUAGACGUUGAUGGCCUGUGUUAUAUCUAUUCAAACCGUAUCUGGGGCUGCACAGGCUCCUCAAAGCCCAUUGGCCCUCUCAACGGCACCUCGUGCUCUCAUCUCAGUGUAAAGAACAAUGGCAAUUGGCUCCGCCAAGACACAAUCAAUGUGACGGCCUGCGGUCCCGCCCGAGACACCGAUCACGAACAGGCAUACAUCGUCGCCGAUCAGAGCGGUCUACUGAUCUUCCAAAAUACGGCAGGGAACACGGCCAACUGCACGAUCGGGGAAGACUUCCACGUUGGAAGCAUCUGCACUGCCCUCGAGGAUGGCUGGUCCACUCAAAAGGCCCCAGUGGCAACACCCCCAACCAACAUAUCCACGGAGACUCCGCUGCCCUCGCGUUCCACCCCUGCUCCCGCGCAGACUCGUCCCAGCGCCACUUACCAGUACUCCUGCGAGUAA